ACGAGAGACACAGACAGACUGUUACAGACAGAUAAAGUAUUUCUCUGAUGUAGCUUGUUUGUUAUUUGUUAUAUCACUAUGGAGAAAACAGCCUUCAAAUUACUGCUUCUAGGAGUUUUGUACAUCUCACAUGUUGCUAUGGGUGCACCAGGAAACGUAAAAUUCCCCAAGAAACCCCCCUCCCAUCUCCAGACCACCACCACCCCAGCCCCUCCCAUGACAGAUGCUUUCCUGGGACCGGCAGAGUGUUUGGAUCAGAACUACACCAGACUGUCCUGUAACCGGGUCUUCUGUCCUCCCUGGAUGAGAUGUUUGGAGGGCAGGUGUGUGUGUAAGCUGCCCUACCUGUGUCCGAAGGAUGAGAAGAUGCUUCCUGUGUGUGGGAAUGACGGCAGAACCUACUAUUCCUAUUGCAUGGCCAUGGCUGUGUCCUGUCGGAGCGAACGACCAAUCAUGAGUCACUUUGAAGGAGAAGGAUGCUCUAAAGACAGUGAGAAGGUGGAGUCCAGUAUAGAUGACCAGACAGGUGUGGUCAGUCUGAAGAUUCCAGGUAAAGGGAAGUUACUGGUUUGUGGAGAAACAGGGUGGAACAUGGCUGCUGCUAACGUGCUCUGUCGGAACAAGAACCACCUGCUGGGAGCGGUUGAGGCCUCUUCUGUUGAUUAUACAGACAAGGAGACGACUGGUGCAGAUCACUGCGUUAAUGUACGUUGUCAAGGAUACGAGAACAGCCUGGCCGAGUGUUCCUUCUCAGACAGAACAUCACGUGGGAGGGGUGACAAGAUCGCUACGGUAACCUGUUUCCAGGAGCCCAAAGAGGGGUCAAAGUGUGAGUUCCGGUGCGUCAACAGGAAGUGUGUGUUGUUGGAACAGACGUGUGAUGGAGUGGAUCACUGCGGAGACAGGAGUGACGAGAUGUGCUGCACAGCCUGCAGAGGUGAUUCAGCGUUCUGGUGUAAGUCAGGAGUGUGUGUGUCCAGAGAGGCGGUAAGAGACGGCAUAAGAGACUGUCUGGGAGGGGAAGAUGAAAUGAAGACACACCCUGUUCAACCUGUUUCAGGACAUUCAGAGUUCAGGUCUCCUCUCAACGAGCUGAAAGCAUCCAGAGACAUUCUAGAAGGGAAGAUCCACUGUGGAAUCCCCAACGCCACGGCAACAGAGGAGAUCAGGGAGGGAAGGAGACAGAAACGUGUGGUGGGAGGACUGGAGGCCAAACCAACUCAGAUCCAGUGGCAGGUUGCGAUUCGGGAGAGGGGUCGUAUCGACUGUGGGGGCGCUUACAUUGGGGGCUGCUGGGUUUUGACUGCCGCCCACUGUGUCAGGCCUGAACCAAAAGCAUACAUAAUUAUGUUCAGCCUCUGGAGGAAGAGAACUGUUCAGGGAACUACAGACAAAGUCCCUGUCAAGAACAUUAUCAUCCACCACAAGUUCAAUGCUAACACCUAUGAGAAUGACAUUGCGCUGAUAGAGAUGAAGAAGCUGCCCUUCAGAGAGGACUGUUUCUUACCCAACCCAGCUGUGUCAGCAGUAUGUGUCCCAUGGUCUCUUCAACAGUUCAACCCCAAUCACACCUGCAGUAUCUCAGGCUGGGGAAGGAUGAGAGAUGGUUAUUCGGCUAAUGUGUUGAUGUGGGCCAACGUCUCUCUGAUAGACAACUGUCAGCAGUACUACGGGGAGCGCUUCAAGGACGGCAUGAUGUGUGCAGGUGACCUGGAAGGCCAUGUGGACUCUUGUCAGGGAGACUCAGGUGGUCCUCUGGUGUGCCAGGACUCUCUGGGCAUCUCCUACCUCUGGGGAAUCAUCGGCUGGAGGGAGAAGUGUGGACAGGCCAACUACCCUGGAGUGUACACUCAAGUAGCACACUACUUUGAAUGGAUCCGCGGCCACACCACCUGGUCUGCCGUAACUAAAUACAAUGUGUGAAGAAACAGCAGGGGUUCGUCAGUAACAUCUGCCGGGUCUGGAGUAUCGCAGGUUUGCAGUUCUACCGGGUCAUUCAUUGCCAGCCGAGGUCCAUUGUUCUGUGUCAGCGUGCAUAACUGUCUGAUGUGAGACAAUGACUUAGGACUUAAUCAGCCCUUAGGGCAUAAAACAUGCAUAGAAAUAAUGAAUGGAACAUGAGAGCCCAGGUCAUUUGUCUGGUUACAUGUUUUGAUUUAUUCAAUUAUAAAGGUUGAUUUGGAUUUGGUCAAUUUUAAGUGUCUAAAGCAAGUAUGAGGAGUCUACAAGUCAAUGAAAAUAGGGCCGGCGAGAUCGUUUAAAUGGGGAACAUCUCAAUCACUUUGAACAAUUUUUAAGAAUAAAUAAUAUUUCAAACUUUAAUUUUAAA